AUGGCUUCCGACCCAGAAAGAGAGAAAGCACUUAGUGACUUCAAAAUAAAGCUAUUGGAGCAUAGGGAGUGGGAUGCGAAACUUAAGAACCUACGAAUAGAGCUCAAGGAUCUAGGGAAAGAAUUCGAUCACACAGAAGAUAACAUCAAGGCUUUACAAAGUGUGGGACAGAUAAUCGGAGAGGUUCUAAAACAACUUGACGAUGAGAGAUUUAUCGUAAAGGCCUCUUCCGGUCCUCGCUAUGUUGUUGGUUGCCGCUCAAAAGUAGACAAGACAAAACUUAAGCAAGGAGUCCGGGUAGCUCUUGAUAUGACCACUUUGACCAUUAUGCGAAUGCUACCUCGGGAGGUUGAUCCCUUGGUUUAUAACAUGUCUCUCGAGGACCCAGGGCAGGUGUCGUUUGGUGGUAUCGGAGGUCUUAACGAACAAAUCCGAGAGUUGAGAGAGGUCAUUGAGCUACCCUUAAAAAAUCCUGAAUUGUUUUUAAGAGUUGAGACCAAUUUCUUGAAAGUUGUCUCAUCCGCGAUCGUAGACAAGUACAUCGGAGAGUCCGCUCGACUUAUUCGUGAGAUGUUUGGGUAUGCCAAGGAGCAUGAACCAUGUAUCAUUUUCAUGGACGAAAUCGAUGCUAUCGGCGGCCGUAGGUUCAGUGAGGGUACAUCAGCGGAUCGUGAAAUUCAAAGGACACUCAUGGAGCUACUCAAUCAACUCGACGGCUUCGACUACCUGGGGAAAACAAAAAUUAUUAUGGCAACCAACAGACCUGAUACACUCGAUCCGGCGCUGCUUAGAGCUGGUCGAUUGGACCGUAAAAUCGAAAUCCCUCUGCCGAAUGAGGUUGGGAGGAUGGAGAUUCUAAAGAUUCAUGCGGCGGGUGUGCAGAAGGAUGGGGAAAUCGAUUACGAGAGUAUCGUCAAGAUGAGCGACCAGCUCAACGGGGCUGAUUUGAGAAAUGUCAUUACCGAAGCCGGUUUCUUUGCUAUUCGUGACGAUCGUGAUGCCAUUAACCAGGAUGAUAUGUCGAAAGCUGUUCGAAAAGUGGCAGAAGCGAAGAAGUUAGAGGGAAAACUAGAGUAUCAGAAGCUAUAG